AUGUCAUCAACAACUUCGAGACGUUUACAUAAACGACGACGAAAUAGUCUUGAACUUUUUCAAUACGCUAAACGUUUACAAGAAAGAUAUAUUCUUCAUCCAUUUUGGAUUGAUACAUCAAUGGGUAAAAUCAAUGAAAUAUCUCAUGUUCCUGAUGUAGAUAUUGCUGAAGCAGGUUGCUGUAAAUAUAUAUUAAUUGAAGUUCGCAAUUAUGAUACAACUUAUGGACAAUCAAAACUUGUUGUUCGUGGUGAUGCAUCUUGUGCUUAUCAUGCUGAUUUAUUGGAUAAGCUGAAAAGUCAAAUUAAUCAGAAAGAAUUAACAAUAGAAUGUAUAGGUGGUGGUCGAAUACGAGUUGAUCCAGCAACAAGAACUAUUUCAGUAUAUGGUCAAUCACAAGAAUUUGGUGAAGCUGAUCAUCAGCAAACAGUCGAAAUUCUUAAGAAAAAAUAUCCUCAAUGGACGAUAGAAGUGACAGAUGACGAAUAUUAG